CGCCUCCCUGGGAGCACCAUGCCCCAGAACGUGAUCCUCCCGGGCCCUGCGCCCUGGGGGUUCAGACUCUCGGGGGGAAUAGACUUCAACCAGCCUUUAGUCAUCACCAGGAUUACUCCAGGAAGCAAGGCGGCGGCUGCCAACCUGUGUCCUGGAGAUGUCAUCGUGGCCAUUGACGGCUUUGGCACCGAGUCCAUGACUCACGCCGAUGCGCAGGACAGGAUUAAAGCAGCAGUACACCAGCUGUGUCUCAAAAUUGACAGGGCAGACACUCACUUAUGGUCACCACAGGUAACCGAAGACGGGAAAGCUCAUCCUUUCAAAAUCAACUUAGAGUCAGAACCACAGGACGUGAACUACUUUGAACACAAGCAUAAUGUUCGGCCCAAACCUUUCACAAUCCCAGGCCGAAGCAGUGGAUGCAGCACUCCCUCCGGUGUUGAUGGUGGCAGUGGACGCAGCACCCCCUCUUCUGUCAGCACUCUGAGUACUAUCUGCCCAGGUGACUUGAAAGUUGCUGCUAAGAUGGCCCCUAACAUUCCUUUGGAAAUGGAACUCCCUGGUGUGAAGAUUGUCCAUGCUCAGUUUAACACACCUAUGCAGUUGUACUCAGAUGACAAUAUUAUGGAAACACUUCAGGGUCAGGUUUCGACAGCUCUAGGGGAAACACCCUCCAUGAGUGAACCCGUGGCCUCUGUGCCCCCCCGGUCUGACGUGUAUCAAAUGCUCCACCACAGUCAGGAUGAGCCUACUCAGCCCCGCCAGUCAGGCUCCUUCCGAGUGCUCCAGGAAAUGGUUAACGAUGACCGUCCUGCUGGAACGCGGAGUGUGAGAGCUCCAGUUACAAAAGCCCAUGGUGGUGCUGGUGGCGCGCAGAAGAUGCCGCUCUGUGACAAAUGUGGCAGUGGCAUCGUUGGUGCUGUGGUGAAGGCACGGGACAAGUACCGGCACCCAGAGUGCUUCGUGUGUGCUGACUGCAACCUCAACCUCAAACAGAAGGGCUACUUCUUCUUGGAGGGAGAGCUGUACUGUGAAGCCCACGCACGAGCCCGCUCCAGGCCCCCCGAGGGCUACGACACAGUCACCCUUUAUCCCAAAGCUUAAGUCUUAGGCAGACGGGCUCGCAAGUGCUCACCCACACGCAUUUACACGGGGAGACAUUAAUGGCUUUGGCCAGGAGCACAGCAAACCGUCGCCUCCAAAUCUAAAGCUGAGGCUUUUAAACAUUUAUCUUAUCGUGUAUUGAGGAAUGAGAAUGGGAGGCAAACGCCUGCUAUAUGAUGAAAAACAUACAUUUAAUUACGCUUUGCAACUCUUUUAAUCUUUGGGGCUAGCAAUAACUUCAUGACAUUUGAAGCAAUAAUUUUUUGUAUGUUAUACUCCAAAAUUUACACUGAUAUUAUGACAACCAAACAUGUAAGCAUCAAGAUACUUUUGGGAGUCUAAUUGCCUUUCCUUAACAAAUUCAGCAAUUGUAGUAACUGCCAAGUAACAGCCUUGUGUUGUAGCACAAUCUGCAGUUGUCUGUAUCUGUUUUAACUCCUACGGUGCAUGUUAGGAAGAAAUCCCCUGGAUUUCUUUAGUUUCAUAUUAAAA